CGCCAUGCCGUGCACAUUUAUACAGUGAAGACGGAGGGAGCAUCACUGAUUGAUCAACAGGACCUAACUCUUUAUGUCGGGUUUUUGUUUGACGUUUUAAUCAGACAGCUGAGAGAUGGAGGCUUUUGUCUUGAUGUUGUGGACCCUUGCAGUGCCUCUCCAAGGAUACGUGCUUCAGCCCAGCCUCAGCGUCUCUGUGAUGGCACAGAACCAGCAGAACCCCUGGUUCAGCUUCAGGGCAGUGAAGGAGUCUCGCCCAGUGACAGGAAAUCGGGACACCUUUGCAGAGGAGGAGACAGAGCAGGGUGAAUGGUUCGUGGGUGAAAGUCUGGGGUACAAAGCAACAUCUGUGGACAGUGAUGUCAUGGAGGAUCAUCUAGAAGAUGCAGGUCCAGGGAUAGGAGAAGAAGCCAGCAGGGUGGGUACUGGAAUGGAGGUGAGCAAGCAGCAUGAAGGUGGGAUUCAGAGUCUGGAUGGUGAAGCACUGGAGUCUCAGCAGUUCGUGUUAGGUGAUAUGGACCUCCUUCCAGUGGUCACUAAAGCAGUAACUGAAACUGUUGACAACACCCACUCAUUCUAUGUAGGCAACCAGACUGCUAGUCAAAAUGGAGAUACCGCCCACUCACUCCUGGUAGGCAAACAGACUGUCAAUCAAACUGUGGGCACCACCCACAUCCCAUUAGUAUAUCAGAAUGUUUCUCAGGCUGUUACAGUAAAAGGAGAUGAAUCCGGGCCAGUUUCCUUGGUUAGAACCCAAAGCACAGCCAGCAAGCUCACCUGGACUAGGACUGUGACAGAUCGUCCGCUCUCUGGGGAACAGAAGGGGCCUGUUACCAUGGCAAUGAAUAAAAAGGUCCAUCCUCUAGUCACUGUGCCCAUCAAGUUCACCAGCAAGCCGCUGGAUCAGGGGUCAAGACCCCCCAAGAAAGAGUCUAUGACCACCAAGGAGUCCGAUCGAAAGGAAGGCAAGCAGAAGAAAGUGGAGAAAAAAGAGAAAAAGAAGCCAGCAAAGAAAGAUGACAAGAAGCAAAAGAAGAAAGUCUAUUUCCCGUACUUCAAAGAUGACUACUGCCCUGCAGAGUGUGCUUGCUAUGGGAGAGUUGUGCAGUGCUCCGAUAAGGGUGUGGAAACAGUCCCGUAUGGAAUCCCCUUCAAUGUCCGCUACAUGCUCCUCAUGAACAACCGAAUCGAGAGCGUCCCUUUGGAUCUCCUCAAGGAGUACCUGGCCCUGGAGUUCCUGGUGCUCAGCAACAACCGGCUGACUGACGGCUCCGUGGAGGGCGCCUUCGAGGGAAUGGCCCUGCUCAAGCGGCUCUUCCUGGACCGAAACCGACUGGCCAGCGUGCCCAGCGACCUUCCCGCAUCUCUGGAGGAGCUACGCCUUGAUGCCAAUGCUGUGAGCGUGAUGUCGGAAGCAGCCUGGUCCCGCUGUCCUGGCCUGCAGAUCCUCAGCCUGGCCAAUAACAGCCUUGGGGUGGGCUCUGUCCCCCCGGGGGUCUUUGCCCCUUUAGCUAACCUGCGUAUUCUCAGCCUCAACCACAAUCACUUGCCAACGGUGCCGUUACGCCUCCCAUCACGGCUCAGGGAGCUGUAUCUCCAUGGCAACCGCAUCGAGCAGGUUGCUGGGGGCGUGUUCUCCGCAGGGUCUGCGCUGCUCUCUCUGGACCUCAGCUCCAACCGCCUGGUGGAUAAGAGCCUGCAGAAGGACUCCUUCCAGCAUGCCCUGUCUCUGGAGAGCCUCAACCUGGAGGGAAACCUCCUGAGCCAGGUCCCUCGCCACCUGCCCCAGGCCCUCAGGACCCUCAACCUGGAGGGAAAUGCCAUCACCUCCAUCAGCAAAGGGGCCGUUUUCAGGCUGCCAAACCUCGAGAACCUGGGCCUGUCCCGAAAUAGGAUUGUCCAGGUGGCCCCUAGGGCGUUUGGCAGCCUUGCCAACCUCCAUCAACUGGACCUAAGCCACAACAGGCUGCAGCAAGUGCCCCGGAACAUUCCACCUACCCUCCAUUCUGUCUCACUGAGCCAUAACAGAAUACGCUCCGUGCCCCGUGAUGCAUUCUGCUCUCGGGGCAAAACUGCUGCCCCCAGCAUGCUUGUGAGGGUGCAGCUGGAGCACAACCCCAUCAAUAUGGGGGAGCUGGACAGCCGGGCCUUCUGGUGUCUGAGGGGCUUCCAGGUUGUCCAUUUCUACUAA